UUCAAAUGCUUUGCAAUCUUCAAGUAUUCAGGUCGAGAAUAGUGAAGCGCGAAGGUGAAGGUGAAAGGUGAAAAGCGCGUGCGCCGCCAUGGCGGUUGGCCGCGGAUUUUUACGCUCGUACAAUUUAGUGAUAAUUUUGUACAUUUACUUAAUUUUGGGUGGUAUAACAAUCCAAAACAAAGGAAGAAAACACACUGAAAACAAUCGAGCAAUUACUUUCAUAUCUAAAGAACUCGCAAGUCAUAAACCACAGUUUAACGGAAAUUCACGCAAGUCAACUUUUAAACGGAAACCUCUGGCAAACUCUACUUUACUACUAAUUGGAACAAGACUUUUCUUAAAUACUUCUCUUGCUGCUAUACUGAUAAGUUUAUCUGGAGAUGUGGAAAGUAAUCCUGGUCCUUUUAACUUUGAAAUUAAAGAAUGUCGUACAAGGGGACUCAAGGUAUGCCACUUAAAUGUGAGAAGUCUGCUUCCUAAAAUUGACAGUCUGCGUCAAUUUAUCAGCAAAAACCCGUUUGACGUAAUUGCUCUAUCAGAAACUUGGCUAAAACCUUCAACUACCAACGCAGAAAUAGAAAUUCCUAACUAUUCAAUUACUCGACAUGAUCGUACUGACAAAACUGGUGGGGGAACGGCGUUUUAUGUCCGUAAUGGUCUACCUUAUCGCUCGCGAGGGGAUUUGCAAAACAGUGACAUUGAAACCUGUUGGAUUGAAAUCAUACGUCCUAGCACAAAGUCGCUAUUUAUUUCUUCAAUUUAUAGACCACCUGAUUUUGAUAUUGAGAAAUUCAUUGAUAAACUCAACAACUAAUUAUCUGAAAUUCAAGAAAAUGCUGAAGUAAUGUUAUUGGGCGAUUUUAAUGUCGAUUACCAACGAAGAUCAACAGCCAAAUCACGACUACAAACACUUGCGCGUGCGUUUUCUUUCGAACAGCUCAUCACGUCGGCAACUAGAAUAACACAAUUAAAUCAAUCAACAAUCGAUCUUAUAUUCGUAAACAAUGCUCAUCGCGUGGUAGGAAGCGGAGUUUUUUCUUUGGAUCUCAGUGAUCAUUCCUUGAUAUUUUGUGUAAUUAAAGCAGGUGUUGCUAAAUCAGGUGGAAAUUUCCGCGACAUAAACUAUCGUUGCUACAAACAAUACAAUAAACUAAAGUUUAAUCUCGAUCUUGAGAACGUUGAUUGGUCAUUCUUGGAUUCGAUAACUGAUAUCAAUGACGCAGUAAACACUUGGUGCAAUAAAUUUUCCGAAACUGCAGACAAACACGCUCCCAUUAAAACCAGACGAGUUAAAUGCACGAGCAAAUCUCCUUGGAUCACACCGGAACUUACAGAAUUAAUGCGAGAGCGUGAUUACCACCAGAAACAAGCACAUAAAACGAACUCCGAAUAUCAUUGGCAAAAGUUUCGAGAACUCAGAAAUUAUAUUAACAACCAAAUUAAGCUAGCAAAAUCUAAGUACUAUCAAGAUUCCGUGAACGCUAAUAAGGAUAAUCCCUCUGAACUUUGGAAAACAUUAAAUGAACUAACAUCUCGCAGUAAAUCUGGUACAAACCCGUCAUGUAUAAUCUCUGAAGAAAAACCCAUCACUGACCAAAAAUCCAUAGCAACAAUUUUAAACGAGUAUUUCACAUCUAUUGGAAGAAAACUAGCAGAUAAGAUUAAGAGUACAUUUCAACUUAAAAAACCACCGCUAUCCUCUGAUCUACCGUACAGUUUUGAGUUCAAAGAAGUAGACGAGUCCUUCAUUCUUCGAGAGCUCGGAUCUCUUAAAACAAAUAAAGCCACCGGUCUAGAUCAAAUCAGCGCAAAGUUACUAAAAGAUUCCUCCUCUAUUAUAGCAUCUGGUCUAACAAAGAUAAUUAAUGCCUCGUUCGUUUCACAAACAUUCCCAGAUAUUUGGAAAAAGGCAAGAUUAUUCCCUUCUUCAAAUCCAAUGACCCAACAUCUCCUAAUAAUUACAGACCUAUAA